AGCACAAAAACAAAACAAUCGCUUAUAAUGGCUUUUUUGGAAGAACCUCGGCCUAAUUCAUCAAUCGAUAGUGAAAUGGAAGACAAUCCAACAAACAAUAUUCGGCCAUAUCAGUUUGAGCCCGAAUGGCCAGCUGAUGAACACGAAGCAGCUCACCAGUUUGAGGAUAACGAAGAAGAGGAAUUUUUGUAUAUUGACGAUGAAUCUCGGCGCGACAAUCUUGAAUGGUGUCAAUGUGGUAACUGCCAAAUAAUGGAUAAUAACGAGGAAUGUUUAUGCUGCAAAGAGAUUUCCAAUAUUUGUGACAAAAAUUUAGAGGCAGUAGAAACGAAUGAGACCACCGAAGUCCCUUUGUGCAUUACACAACAUCCUGCUUUUGAGCCUGUUUGUCUUAACAGGUGGGUUUUACAAACAGCUUGGUACCAGUUCAAGCAGCAAUAUGAGGUAGCAUAUGAUGGGCCUGAAGAAAAACUGUACCGCCAUAUUGCAUAUAGACAGAUGGCAAGGUGGUGCUGGGGUGUCUUGGGUAGAGAAGUGAGAGUCAUCUUGCCAUCAUGUGCAGUUACUCGCAUUAGAGAAACAUUUCCUCCACCUGGCCUUGCAGAGGAAUUUCAAUUUGAAGGCUUUCACUAUGUUGAUGAAUGAAGUAUUUUAUUAUGAUAUAGGUAUACCCGUUACAAUUACUUUGUAUGUCAAUAUUAAACGGGCAUAGCCAGCUCAUUUAUAGGUCAUGCUAUGCACAUUUAUUAUUAUUAAUUUAUU